AUGUCACAAAGUGAAGAUGAAGAGAUCAACAUGGCAGCUUGGAUUCUUGGUGUUAAAAAUCUAUCAAUUCAACCAUAUCCACUUCCUUCUUUAGGUCCCCAUGAUGUUACAAUUAGAAUUAAAGCUGUUGAUAUUUGUGGAAGUGAUGUUCACUACUAUAAGACUAUGGGAUGUGCAAAUUUUAUUGCCAACAAGCCUAUGGUACUGGGGCAUGAAUGUGCUGGAAUCGUUCAAGAACUUGGCACUCAAGUCCAAUCUCUUGCAGUAGGGGACAGGGUAGCCUUAGAGCCUGGAAUCAGUUGCCAAACAUGCAAUUUCUGCAAAGGUCACACCAAAGACAACGAUUAUGGCCUUGCUGGUGAGAAAUGGUUUUUUUUAUAG